CUCCUCUUGUCGCAUAUUGAUCCAGCUAGCUGAUCGUUAGCUUUUGUGUCAGGAUGGUGUCUGUGUUAUUCAAUUGUUUGACCGUUGUUUCUGGUUAAAGGUAUCCGGCACUUGGCGGCUUUCAUGUUCCGUGCGGCUAAUCUAAAAACCAUCGGCAAAGCGGGAACCGGCUGGCACUUUCGCCGGACGAUGGACGAGCUGGUCCAUGACCUGGUGUCAGCACUGGAGGAGAGCUCCGAGCAGGCUGCUCGUGGUGGUUUUGGAGAUGGGGGAGACCACGCACUGGCUGUGGGCUGUCUGCUGAAGAGACAGGCUCGAAAACGGAGGGGUAGAAAACGACGCUCGGACAACCCGCACCCGCCCUGGGAGACAGGCCACCUCAGUGAAGGCUCAGAGUCAAGCGUGGAAGAACACAAGGACUACCGUGCCAGUACAGGGGGCGUCUCUGCUUCAAACAGCCAUGGCCGCGACAACAGUGACUCAGAUGAACAGCUCGGCCCCAAACGGCGCACACUCUUAUCAGCUGACGCUGGACGAAGCAAGCGGCCGCUUUGGCCAGAUGACCUGGGCGUCUUGGGGUCUGCAGAGGGAACUCGCAGCCUUAGGCGGAGAAGAAAGGUCAAACGCAUGGCUGUGGACCCGCCUGCUGAACCCGAACUUCCCUCCUCCACAAUGCUGGGGCCCCCUCCUGUCCCCAAAGCCCGCCCUGGCAGCAGGCCACACAGACUGGGCACAAAUGAGGCCAGGGGUGUCAUGGAACUGUGUGGCGGAGGAAUGGUUGGGCCAGGAGGAGGGAAGAACAGGGUAAAGAAGAGGAAACUGGCCCCCCACCGGUUGGGGGUGGAGGCAGCAGAUGAAGGGGUGGUUGUGGAGAGCGAAGACCCCAUCUCUUCUCCAACAGAAGGGUGCAAGGACAAGAUGGAGUUGGAGGAGCAGAAGGGCUCAGAUGAGGACAUGAGUGACAGGUGUGAGACCAGCAGUGUCAGCAACAGCAGUGAUGGAGGCCUCUACACCAAUGAUGAGGGUCGGCAAGGUGAUGACGAGCAGAGUGACUGGUUCUAUGAAGGGGAGCCAGGCACUGGAUCAGCACCUGGAGGUGCCUGUGGAAUCGCUGGUGUGGUUCCCUGGUGGGAGAGGGAGACCGGGUCAGAGGAGCUGGACCUAGUUGAUCCAGUAUUUAACAGCAUCCUCACUGGAUCAUUCCCCCUCAUGAGCCCUGCAGCACAGAGAGGGUUCCAGGCCAGGCUGAGUCGUCUCCAUGGAAACCAACAGGCUUCUGAGGCGGGGCUGCAGGGUGGCUCAAGCCAAAGCUUCCAUGAAAGACUAAGCAGACAAAGCCAAGACUCACAUGAACCUUGGUUCAGCUCUGGCUCAAGGAGAGACCACGGACAGUUGCACUGGGACCCGCGGUCAGACAGAGGGCAUCGGAGGAGCUGCUCAGUAAAAACAGCUAGCAGACAGACCAGUGGGCACCUGGGCUCUCUGUGUACAGGGGAUGUCAAGCGGAGGCGAAAAGCAGCCCCCCUUGGGUCUGGCACCCCCUCAGGAGUGGUCGGGGAAAACGCUCCUCCUAUUCCAGACUCCAACAUGGGGAGCCGCAUGCUGCAGAGCAUGGGCUGGAGCCCUGGGAUGGGCCUGGGUCCAGAAGGAAGAGGUAUCACUGAGCCAAUCCGGGCUUCACAGAGACCCAAAGGCACAGGUCUAGGUUUUAACUGAAUGUUGUUGGAACCUGAACCUGGAACGGACUGCAACAAGAGGCCAAAAGAGCUACAGGAUGAAGUACUGCUCAGGGGGAAGAACAAAAUAAUCCAGGCAUGUGAGUCAUAAGAAGGGAAGGAAUGAGACUCUUCCUAGCAACAGAGUCUGUGAUGAAAGAGAAACUUUCCCAUAUUGGGGAAAUGGGGAUAUCACCACAGGCUGUUCGCACAAACGGAGAGACUGACACAUAAAGUGAAUGAGAGUAAGCUGAGGGAGAAGACUUUUAAGUCUGCUCCAGAAGCUCCAUGUUGGAGAAAAUGACUGACAUUGAUGCCUCAUUUGUAGUGUGUGAAGCUGGCAUGCUGCCUCAGCCCUGUUACCUCAGAUAACACUGUUUCAGAAAGAGAACAGGGUUAAUGUAACCAAUGACAACAGUGUGGGUUGUUUUAGGGUCUUAGUGCAUUAAUGAUGAAUGGUUUGCCUGAUAUUGCACAGGAAUUUGGGAAGAUCAUUUCAGUAGGUUAUACCUCAAGCUUCUUUAUAGGCUCCUUUUUAAUGUAAUGAAGUUUGAAUACACUAUAUGGAUGUGUGUUGGAGUAUGUGGAUGAUUUUUCCAAUACUUUCUGUUCUCCUUUAACAGAGAAGUCAUGCCAUUGGAGGGUUAAAAAGCAAGAUAAAAAACCAAACUAGUUUUCCUUUUUAAUUUACAGCCCUUUAUGGCUACCACAUACCGUGAAUGAUGCAUCAGUUUAACACCAGUUUUGGCUGAUAUCACCCCUGUUGACAAACACUGGUCAUGGGCAAGUGAACAGAUAUCAGUAGCAGAUGUUUAUCUAUUGUGUUGUAUCAAUAUAAUGAAGCAUCUGCUAUACUAAACAGCUGAAUCAGAUGAGAGAUAUUUUACUGGGCUGAAGAAGCUUAGUUGGACCAACUCUGAUUUUUUUCGUCUUAGUGAAACAUGAGAGAAAUGUUGUGAGUCCUACACCAAAAGAUGCAAAAAACAACACUGAUAUUUGCUAAAUUGCUAUUUUAAAUGUUGGCAUUGAUAUUAGCUCUAAUUUUUACAAUCGGUGUAUCUCUGUUAAUGUCAAGCAGUGUAAGAAUGGUAAAAAGAAUUUCAAGGUUUCACGUGUAAGACACAACAUAAAAAAAUGUAGGCCUUUAAAUUGUUUUAGAGCUUAAAGCAACUGAAGGAGUGCUUCAUUAUACACGUUCAGAGGUGUGUUUUUACACAAAUUAGUCUGAUCAGAACUCUUCUCACUGCAGGUGAGUAGUGUGAAUCAGACAGUAGCUAACAUACCUUUUGGAGUGUGCCGAGCCUUUUACAACAUAGCAAUUGAAAAAGAGACAUUAGAAAGUUUUCAUAAAAGUUUUAGACCCAUUUUCAGUUUUGUUUAAAUUGUAAUAUUGUUUAAUGUGAUACUUAAGGGUUUUGAAUAAUGCCAGCAAACAUUAAUUGUCCUCACUUUAGAUUUUAAAUGAUUUUAAGUGGUGGUGAUGAUGGUGAAGAUCUAGGAAAAAAUAUGAAAUCAUGAAUAAAAAUGUGCUUGACGUUGAACUUUGCACAAAGUACAAUGAUGCUUGUUAUUUUUCACUCUUGUUUUUCUAACCAUUAGUCAUGGAGCAUGUGCAGAGACAUACUGUCUUAUGUAAGGUUUCAGCGACAGAAACAAAAACUGAACCCAAAGAUUCCCUAUACGGUUGGGAUAAUGUCACGUGAGGCCAUUCUUGCCCCUCCGUAUCAUCAGAGCUAUGGAUAAUAAUACACAGUACUUAAAACCUCUAACCAAAUCUACAUCUAUUGAUUUUCACAGAGAACCACAACUGCUAGUCCACUCUUAAAGAAACCACAACUGUAAUGAAAGCAUAUGUGAUGAAAACUACAGUGUUGUGAUGUGAAUGCAACUAACCAUAUUCACUGAGCAUGACGGUUACCUUGUUCUUUGCUCGAGCUCAUCACACCACAGCUUAGUUUCUCUCCCAUGGCCUUUACUUCUCCUUAUCCUGACCUGUUCCUGCUCUCUUUGACACCUUGGUUCAUAAUUUUAAGCCGGUGGACUUUCCUAUGCAUAUGACUACAUAAUUUUUCUUUCUCGUCAAUGCAAAAACCAGCACAUACAGUAGAUGAGUCUUUAACAGCUGAUCUCCCUUUAGUUACAUCAUAUCUGGUUGUCCAUUUAAAUCCCAAAGUAAAAGCAAGAGUUCAAAAAAUAACUUAUGAGGUCACCAUGGUGUAAUUAAAAAAAAAUCAUUAAAACUAUUGUUUCCCAAUUCUUUCCUACAAAUUAAUUCAGUCAGUCUUCAACUUUUUGACCAUAAAGUAGCAAAACGACUUGUUUCUUUGGUAAAGAAAAAAAAUCAAGUAAAACCUUCAGCUUUUAGUUACAUGCUGAGCAUGCUCUUUCAAAGAUGUUUUCACCAAGUAAAACCUUAUGUAUUGAAAAGAAGAUACUAGCUCAAUUUCUCAACUGUCCUUUGCAACUUAUUUCCCAGAUGUCCCCUAACAUGGAUAGUUUUAUCUGCAUUGUAAAUUGAUAAAGCUGAUCCUGUACCAAGUCAAAUGCAUGCUGAGGAUUUUUAAAAGCUUGCGCAAAUGCACAGCAGUACAUGACAAUAACCGUAUCAUCAGCAUUAAAAUAAGAUGAACUGGGGAUAUUCUAUCCUAGACAAUUAAUAUAUAUGGCAACUAACAGAGGGCCCAGUACUGAACCUUGUGGUACCCCAUUCUGUAUUUGUAGUACCUUUGAGGUAACACCCUCACCCAAAUUGAGGCUCUUGUGCUUUAGUGCUGAAAUAUUUUGCAGAUCAAACAAAAAGGAGAGAAAAAAGACAAGAAAUAAACAUAUUACAUGUGUGAAUGCACCCACAAUAAGUGAGUGCUGUCUCUUAGUCUCCUGUAUGAUUUGAAUUUCUGAAAGCAUUCAGUGAUCAACAGGUGCGAUAAGGAGGACUGUGCUGCUUAUGCUGAUUAAUAAAUAUGGAUGGCUAAUAAGAAGGGACCCAAUACUGAACCCUGAGGUACCCCAUUCUGUAUUUGUGGUACCUUUGAGGUAACACCUUCUCAUUAAACAGCCUGGAUUCUACCUGUCAAACUGUUAGCAAACCACCCAGCAACAAGGUCUGAAAACCCAGUAGACAGCCUUGAAGCCUUGAAGAAGUCUAGAAAAAGAGACAUUUUUUAAGGCUUCGAGAAUGUGAUUCACAACUUUCAUGGCAGCAGUGGUAGCACUUUGUUUUUCUGAAACUUGCCUAAAAAUCAGACUGAAAGGAGUUGGAAAUGAUCAAGUGUUCUUUGACUUGAUCACGAUCAAAGUUUCAAGUGCUCUGGACACCGUAGA